AUGCAGAGGAAGAAAUUCAUCAAAGGAAAGACAAAACCCCGCAAAGGAAAGAAGAGCGGUAAAAAGGUGUCUAAAGAUUUAGACGUAGAAAAAGGUAAAACUAAUGAUGCUUUAAGGGAGAUGAAGCUCAAGUUAACUAAACAAAGUCUCACGGAAUAUCGCGAGACCUGCCGCCAGCUGGCUCGUGCCAACGAUGAGUUGACCAAUCAGCUGUCACACGCUGAGCGGGAAAACCUGGAUGCUACCGCCCACUGGCAGAAGCUGGAAGCUGACAAAGAUGGGAAGAUUAAUGUGCUCCAGAGCGCACUCAAAACCCAAGAGGCUAUUGCUUGGGAGCAGCAAAACAAACUGAUUGACCAUUACACACUUGAAGUCAAUGAAAUGAAGGACCUAUUCAGGAAGAAAGCUAGUGAGUUUGAGAUGAUACAAAAUGGAAUUAAGAAAAUUGAAGAGUUCAAGACGACAAAAGCACAAAUGGAAAAGGAGCUCAGCAAUAUCCGUAAAAGUAUAAAACUCACUGAGAAGGAAUACGGGGAAAACCUCAACAAUAUGGAGUACAGAUUCUUCAAAGAAAAGGCUCGCCUGGAGAAUGAUGCUGAGCAAACGAUAGCACAGGCGGAAGAGCGGGCCCACCAUGAAGCUGUUUUGCAGCUAGAUGACACCUCACGAUGUGUGUUCAAGGAGAACGUUCGUCUCAAUGAAACACUGAAACACCACAUGAAGGAGGUUGAGAGCCUGCAGAAACUGGCAAACUCAUUGGCAAAGGAAAACUCGUCUCUGGCACUGGACAAGAAGACACUGGAGAUGAUGGCAAAGAAGAAUGCAUCCCAGAUGGUGGCCCAAAAAGAAGAGUUAAUUCAGUUGAAAGUAAAAGUAGCUUCUCUGGAGCAAAACACUGCUGAACAAGGCCAUCCCAAGGAGAAGAUGCUGGUCAGCUCUCCGACCAGCAAAUUAGAGUUGGAGCAGCUCAAGAGGGUGCUCUCCAUGCGGGAGAAAGAACUGAAGCACAUCAAGAGGUUAGCAAGCACCAUUGUGGCGCAGCGCACAGAGCUGGAGCAAUUUUUCCACGAGGCGCUGGCUCAGGUGAAGGAGGAGAUAGUUGCCAGCCGGCUGCAAUACAAGAAGGAGGCGCAGCAGGUUUGUCACUUCACACUUAAAAAGGCUGAUGCAGGAAAGCUCAAGUUCCCGCCAAUACGUACCUUUCAUAACACUCCUCCAAGCACCAACUCCGUUUCCUCAGACAUGGAGGCGGCUGCUAGGUGGGCACAUGGGCUUGGGAGCCAAGUGGAAAUGUCACACCUGACGUGGGAGGAGAAGGAGCAAGUUCUUCGGCUUCUGUUUGCUAAAAUGAACAGACAAAAGACACGAGAGAAGAUCUGCGCGCCGUCAACCUUCACUACUCAAGCUCCUGACUCCCUCCUACCCACAAACUCCAACCAUGGGUAGACGCACCACGUGACCUCUGGUCCACCGUUAAUUACACUUUGGAUAGUCUCUGUCGCAAGUAGCACACCUCAUUUUCACUUUUCCAAACAUGUUGGGUGCAGUGUUAUUUUAAAUACCGGUACUCAUGGUUGCUGGACAUAUUUGGAUUCCCUUUGACUCUCUUGUUUAUCUAAAAGAUGUUAUUCUGGAUUCUGGCCUUCCAGCUUCAUGUUUGUUUUGGCAAGGUCUAUGCAUGUCCAAACAACAUCCUUAUCUUGCAGAAAGUUUUCACACCAGAGUAGAUGCUGCAAAGUGGAGAACAACUCCACAUUUUCCAUUACUUCAGCUGUAAUGACCAGGUGUCCCAAUAUUUAAUGUGGAAAUAAAUACCAGCAUUAUGUGCACAAAGCAUCAUUGACUGGCAAGAUAAUCCAUAUAGACACUGUUGUCAUACACAAUGUUUAAAAAGGGAACUACUGUACUAUUUAUUAGCAAUUGCCACUGAGUCAUUGAACAGUCAUUUCCAUUUCAUCAGUUUGAACUGACUGCUUUUCUAGCGUCCCAUGGUUGGCAUGGUAACGGCUGGACUCUUGAGGGUAGCGUCCUCAGCUUUCCAUUGUGAGGUUAUGGUUUUGAUCUGCGUAUAGAAUUGAAUGCCCUGGACACAAAUAAA